UUAAACAUUCUUGUUCUGGGUUCUUGACCUUUGCUGCAUAUAGCAGCUUAGCGUUUCUGUUCUUUAUUUGCCUGCUUGGAAAGCUUACUAUACCUAGAUCUAUCCAGUGCAGCAAGCCAGUACAUCAACAUUUAUACCCUAGCCACAGAAGGCUAAUUUCCAUAUCUUGUGGUUUUGAAGAAUGCAAUAAAAGGUCAAAGGUUGCAAUUAAAUCCUGGAUCUCCUCUCUCAAGCUGAUUCCUCUGGGGCGCGAUAGCUCAACCGAUUUCUGUUGUGAUUAUAAAGAGGAUCAAGCUAUUGAUGGUGUAUAAACUCAGGGGCGCGAGGGUAAACUCAGUUUUACAUGUAAAACAUAGGGCCACGUGGUGUUUUAAUUAGUGACCUUUUGACACUGGCAUUCCUCCUCUGAGCUAGCUCAGUAACAUUAAUUGCUGCAAGAGUCUCCAGACCUUCUUCCUCUCUUCCCCCUCCCCCCUCUGAGAAAAGGUCUGGCCCCCAGACUAAUAACUAAUACUGUUUCAAAUUUUAGCAUGAGAAAGUAUUUACAGACAAAGCUGGUGGUUAUUGGCAGUGUACUGUCCACUGUACUCUGGACUUUGUUUCUGUUUCACUUGUAUACGUAUAGCGACAACACGGCGUUCCUCCCUAGGCCUAUAUCUGCAAAUCCAGUUACCGAGGAGGAAAAGUUGCCAGACUGUAUGCAGCUGAGGGAGGAAGAUCCCUACCCGACUAGUGGAGAACCUCUCAGUGGAAAGAAUUUGUGUAAAGCAUUCACAGGAACAAACCGUACAGUUAUUACCGAGGAGGAAAAGUUGCCAGACUGUAUGCAGCUGAGGGAGGAAGAUCCCUACCCGACUAGUGGAGAACCUCUCAGUGGAAAGAAUUUGUGUGAAGCAUUCACAGGAACAAACCGUACAGACUGUGUUUAUCUUCAUCCAGAGAUAUUUCACUAUGUCCUAUUUACAAACAAUCCGAAAGACAGCGUAUUGGGUUUUCGAGAGUUUUUGUCAAUAUAUUCAGUGGAUAAGUUUUAUAAGCCAGAGAAGAUUGUCAUACACUGUAGCCAAUCGAUCACCGGCAAGUAUUGGGAGAUGGUGCAGAAUUUGACUACUCCUAUUGAGAUGAGACUGACGGAUCGAAUAACUACGAUUGGCAAGGAUAAAAAGAAACCAUCAUAUAUUUCCCAUGAAGCAGACUAUCUAAAAAUCAAAUCUGGCUUCAGAGACGGGGGCAUUUAUUCUGAUUUUGAUGUUGUCAUCCUCAAUGGUUCAAAAUUGCGUGAAAUGCAACGACAAUCAGAGAUAGUGAUUGGCAGAGACAACCAAGAGUGUACCAGAACUUGUGCUGGAUUUUUCUCAAGUGUUCCCGGCUCACCAUUUAUGGGGAAAUGGUUGGACAGUUACGAGAAUAACUACAGGCCUGGAUGGAUAGACAAUGCAGGACAUGUGCCAGCUGGAAUACUACACCAUUGCCCAGAAUGUCAUCGUGACAUAACUGUUGAUUAUCACAUGAGUAAUUGGAAUGACGCUGCGGCUAAAAACUGGUUGAAGGAAGGAGGGCUUGAGUGGAGGCAAAAAGCAGUGGCUCACUAUAUGAACACGGGGUUUAUGAAACCAUUAAAACCACCAAAUGAAUUACUUAGUAUGUCGACUCCAUUCUCAGAGAUGGUGAAGUUUGUUCUAGGGGACGCAAUCAACGAUUUUAUCUUCUAACUUAUAACAGGUAUAUUAUUUACUCUAGCCAGCAAUUGAACUGUGUGCAUUCAACAUAAAAAUUUUUUUACGAGAAUACUUUUAGUAUACUAGUCAGAUGUCUCGCACCAGCCCCAGUUUUUCGACUUAACGUUCCAAUAGAACACAUUCGGGGCUGGUAUGACUAAAUAAUACCUGGCAACUGAAUAGAUUGAUUUUUGUCAAUCACGUAUAGUCAAUUAUGUCAUCUUUUUGUAAAAUUGCUGUUUUAUAGACAAUGAUUUAUAAAAAGAGUUAUUUAAGCCAGAUG